AUGCUGCCGCUGACGGGUGGCAUGGUGGUGGCGGAAGAAGCCUUUGAAGUGCCAGCGGCCUUGGCGGCGCAGCGCGAGCGGCGUGGCUUGAAAGCGGCUGAACUGGCGCAGGCAGAGGCAGAGCACUUGGAGAAAGCUCAGCGCGUUUGGAGCUGCAGGAAUUGCACCUUCAUGAACAGCGCUUUGAGCAACACUUGCGCAGUGUGCGACUACGGAUGGACUGGGCAGCGCGAAUGCCCCAGUGACAAGUGGUGCUGCAGCGCUUCCACAGGAGGCUGUACCUUCUUCAAUCCCAAGACGCUCUUCUACUGUGAGGUCUGUGGCCGGGUACGUCCAGAUCUCGCCAGCAUGGCUUUCUGA